AUGGUGAGUGACAAAAUUGGUCGAGUGGCCUUGAGUUUGACGCUGACUUUACACGAAAUGCGAUUACACAAUAUGAUGGACAGCCUGUGUGAAGAACGAAGUGAUGACGAGAAAUGCAAACCGACCGUCGUCGAGGCAGAGGAUGAGUCCAUCUUGUUAGCUCAGUAUGGCGUGGAGAGAAGAUCUGAUGGAUUUAUUUAUUGGAGACGAGAUUCCUCGCAUCAUCCGCGAAACUGGUCAAGCACUCGAAAGUUGUUCGAUACAUCGGUUAUUGUUCUUUUGGAGUUUUACACGUGA